UGCUGCUCUCUCAGUUUGGCGCCGAAGUUAGUUUUGUUCUCUGGGUUUAUUAGGGCCGUUGAUUUGGGGUUCAGUUUGUGGUUCUUCUUAGCAAUGGCUUCUUCACCUCCUUCAAAACGCCGGCGUAAAAACCUCGCCAUUGAUGACGCCUUUGAGACCUUACUUGCAACGUCUUCCUCGGGUAAUAGAUUGUCCCCUGUAGUCGUUUUCGCUCACGGUGCUGGUGCCCCUUCUUCUUCUGAAUGGAUGAUCAGAUGGAAAGAUAUGUUAGGCAAGGCACUACAUGCUGUUGAUGUUGUCACCUUUGACUAUCCGUACAUUUCUGGUGGUAGGAAGCCUCCUCCCAAGGCUGAAAAAUUGGUUCCAUACCAUGUCGAAAUUGUCAAAAGGACAAUUGCAAAGUACCCUGGGCACCCUUUGAUUUUGGCUGGUAAAUCUAUGGGUUCGAGAGUAAGUUGCAUGGUAGCUUGUGAGGAAGACAUUCAUGCUUCUGCAAUAAUUUGCUUGGGGUAUCCCUUGAAGGGCUUGAAAGGGGAUGUCCGAGACCAGACGCUACUGCAAGUUACCAUUCCUAUCAUGUUUGUACAGGGUAGCAGGGAUGCUCUGUGUCCUUUAGAGAAGCUGGAGGAUAUUCGGAAGAGGAUGAAAUCAAUUAGUGGGUUACAUGUGAUUGAUGGUGGUGACCACUCUUUCCAUAUCUCAAAGAAGUACCUUCAAGGCAAGGGUUCGAGUAAAGAUGAAGCCGAAAAUGUAGCUGCUCAGGCACUUGCUACUUUUGUCUCUGGAGGUCUUAGAUAGCUCUAGCUAAGCUUUUUUGGCUGUACAAAAUUGUGUUUUUAGACGUUACUUUGUAAUAUAAAACGGUCGUAAUGUCAAGCACAUAAUUUUGUCAUCUGACAUUAUGUAUCUCGUUUUAUUGCGUAUCA